AAAGAUGUACAGCAGAAGCUUGAUUUACUGUCAACAUUAAUCACAAACGUUGUGCGUAAAACUUUCUAACCUGUCAAUGGCAUUGGUUUAUAAAUCGCACUCUGCAUUUACAAUUCCAUUCGUAACGUUUCUAAUGAAAGGGUAAUUACUUUUCCUUCCCUUGAAUGCUUUAUUUACCGCUGGGAAUGAGCUCCACCAGGUGUCCUGGGGCGGGGUUGCUACACACGGGUUGCUGCUUCUGCGAAUGAAAAAUUAUAGCCUCCUCUAUUGUUGUGCAUCGAUUACCAGCCCCCACUACCAUUGGUUUUAUAGCGCAGUGGCAAAGUAAAAAAAGGGCUUUUCGUCCUUUUAAGCCAUCCGUUUUCCGUUCAGUAGCGGGUGAAAGAGACUCAGUUUGAGUUUCCCAUUUUAUAAACCGUCCCUUGCGUACAUGACGCUUGUCGCCAUUUCUGAAACAACCAAGCAAAACAAAAAAAGCAGAGUUUCGAUUGUAUUCUCUGGAGUCGAUUUUUGUUGCAUGCGUUCUGCGCUCGAACAGCAGUCAAACGCAUAAAUUCAGAAUGUUUAUGCAAGGAAGGACAGUUAAGGUGUGGUCGUGGUAUUUCGAAGGUUUUGUUCCGGUUACCAACAGGAGUAGUAAGUUACGUUUUUAGAGUAUGCUAAUUGCCUGCGAGGCGAAUGGUGAAUUAUCCUGGAGAAUUUGGCGGAAGUAACAAUGCGCCGUUAAAAGGUUUUAUUCCGAAUAGCCAGAACUUUAGCCAGGAGUCAUGGAUUGUGCAUUGAAAUUUUCCUUUUGUAUCAUACCCAAUUAUCAAACCGUUGAAGGCAUGUAGUGGAUCAAUAUUUUUCGAUCGCAAGCUUCAAAAGGUAACAUACGAAACACGUGUCAACAAUUCUCUCGGCCCAUCAUUACUAUUCCGAUCGUGCACGUUGUUUCUGCCGGGACGUGUCGGUCUCAUUGACGUGAAAAUAUUCCCAAAAUACACGGCCUGAUUCCAAGCGGAACCGAAAUGUGAACUGAACAUUCAUCUUCAUUCUCCUGUUUCACUUGUAGCAGCCGAGGGGAUAUUUUUUUUUUUGCAAACCAAACCAGCGUUAGACAUUUUGCUUGAUUCAUUAGAUUACACACCAACGAUAUAUAAUUAAAUAAAUUAUCCUUUUGGAGGUGGGAUUACACUUCGAUGCGAGCUAGUGGAGUCAGGGGCGUCAUAAAUGUGCUUGAAAGGGUCGAACCAAAACAUACAUCUGCCGGUGACAGAAAGGUGUCUGUCUGUGGGGUGCAAAGUUUUUGACCUAACAAAAGAACAAAAAAAGAGUCUUUUACUAGGGGCUGGAACUAUUCAGCUGCGGGACACACGAUGCCCUACCACCUUGCCUACUACUUCCCAUGUACACUUCCACAGCACAGGAAGCAGAAACUCCUUGUUGGAGUUUAGUAAAAAUUUUGGGGGAGGUAAAUAUUUCCCCAUUGCGAAAAAACAUCCCCUUUUUUCACGGCCUUACGAGCUCGUUUUAGGUACGUUGGUUCGAUUGUUGAUCACAUAAAGCGAGUGCCGGCACAGCAUAGAAAAACCGGGUACAACAUGGUUUAAUUCAAUAUCAAUCAUAUUUCAUCCAGUUUUGGGUAGCAUAUGUGUGGCUGGAGAUGUGUUUUGCAACGCUCUGCAGGGGCAUCCUAAAAGCAAUUGGGUGUGCCAAUUCCGCCGACACAAAAAAGGGGUAACAUUCCGAUAUUGCUACAGGUUUGCCCGUACGAAAUCAUCAACCCCUUUUUAUUUUGUAUGCGACAUCUGCUGCCAAGAGCAUUCCCAUUGCAGUAAUGGAAGUAUCGCACUUUAAGACGUACAUUUUCAAAACGCUCACCAAUUCCGACACAUAAGCCAAACAUUGCAAUGAAUUUGAUAAACGUCCUGUCAUCGGGCGUUUUUUUUGUCCCUCUACAAUCCCUCCAAUUGGUUGGAUAAAACAGGGUAGCGGCAGCAUCAGGAAAAUAUGAACAACCUAUUCAAGACCGAUCUUCACGGAACUAAUUCGAAACUUUCUUCGUACCUUUGUGGGUGAGAUUUCGUGAGGUUUUUCCUUCAUUUGCUGUACGAAAGCGCACGGAAACAGGUUGUCAGUUUUUCCCGUUCUUAUCCGAACAUUACUAUUUGAAGGUCUCUAUCCGAACGGUGAAAACAUUGCCCACCAGCCGGUGCCACGUUUAUCAAAAUUCCCGACCCUCCUGUGCUAACGUGACGCUUACGGCAAACCGGGAACAAUUUCAUUAGUGCCGUACCGGUACAGGUGCGACAGGACUACGAAGAAGGUGCGUUAACUUUCCACAACAAAAAGACGACAGACAAACCAAAAAAAAAAACAAGGAAAAGAAUACAAAGCACAGACACAGGUUGGCACGCACUUCAUUGGUAUACUUUGGCAAAGAACGCAAACGCGUGUCGGGGGGGGGUUUUGCUUUCGCGAAAGAAAAACACACGGAACGCAAGUUGCACGGUGUGGAAAGAAUUUCCCGGAUACUGCCGGAUGCUUUCAAACUCGAUGUUCGCAUCGCUCCGUUCAUUAGGGAGAUGGCUUUUCUCCGAGCCCGGUUGGUGGUGUUGGUAAAAGUUUGUCCAGCCGGAAGUGAAGUCUAUUCGGCAAAUGAAUUAUCUUCCCGGAAACACUUCAAAGCGAUAGCCGACAAAACGUGACGGGCAUUAUUAUACGGCACACAAGUGGAAGGUGUGGAAUGGCUAUUUGUUUAUUGUAAAUUGUUGAGAUGAAGUUAAAAAAAUGUUGCUUUAGGUAUUUUUGAUUGCUUGCUAACAUUUUACUGUGUAUGUGAUAAAUUGCACUGACAGCUCAUAGUAGAAGACGCAAUGAAUGUUCCCUCUAAUAAUUAAAAUAGAAAUAUAUUUUAUAGGUAGAACGUAAUAUACAUUUCUUUUAAUUUUAAAUAUAAAUUUUCUGCACAUUCAUGAAUAAUCCAGUAUCUCGAUGCGAUUGACCGUGUUUGACUGGUUUUUACUUAACCCCUAAAAGUUCCGUGACCCGUCCGGGUCGAUUUCGAGGCCAACUCGGAAUUUCAAGCGCUGUGGCGCGUUUUGUUGGUGCGGACUUUCCAAGGUAACAUUGGCCAUAAAAAUGCUCCGGCCCAGAACAUGCGCAGUGCAGAGAGGGCUCCUACGAGUGAGCAAUGCCUAGCCUCCCUUCUGCUAUUAGUGUCGAUGGUUCCGUUUCGUCCUUCGAUUGUUUGUGUGGCUGUCGCAUUCCGUAGAAAGAAAUUGCUUGCACGCUUCGGCGACGCAUCGGAGGAAGUGAAGAGGCGAUACUUUUACUUUCGUUUACGACAUGGCCUUGUGCAUGGCUUGUCGUUUGAUUUUUGCAUACUUCCGGGGGAGAAUGUUGUUUGCCAGUCAAACACGUUUCACCAGCAUGUCAUAUUUUCAGUGGAAGGUACAAGGUGUGCAUAUUUAUGGUGGUGAAGCAAAAUGAUUUUAGUUAAUAGAUGAUAAGAAGUGGAACUUAGUUUGUUACAGUUGUUUGAUGUGGAAUAUAUCAUAUGCAUUUAAAACAAUGUUACCAAAUGGAAAUGGUGCAUUAAUGUAAUUGAAUUGCAUAACGAAUGAGAAAUGGGUUUUAUCUUCAUCAAUACGUAUUUCUUAUCUUCAAGAAUUCAAUUGAACCUCAAACCUGAUUACAUUAUCCAAUGGAGUAUUUCGAACGAUGAUUUAAUUGAACUUUUCAAUUAGAAAUACAACUUUUCCUGUUUCAAUCAACUUAAACAAGAGGUAUCGUAUGAUUGAAGUUAUUAAGGCAACUAAUAAAAGUGUUUAAUUUAAUUACAUUUUCAUUUACUAAUUAAUGUGAGGCGUAAAUUAUUAAAUAGCUUGCCUUCAUGAGAGAGUGGCAUAUUUUAUAGCUAUUUGAAAUGUUUCAAGUUUUCCCUGUCACACUAGGAUCGUAAGUCAUUCAUAUUUGAGGGAAGUGUGUGCUUGUGAACCAGUGCUUGCUGUGAAUAUGCGAAUUCCUUUGCAUAACCUCAAUAAAGUGGGUACAGCUGAUGUAUUUCGAUACGAUGCCGAAUCGAAGAAAAUCAUAGAAAUUUUGAAACAAAACCAUUCAACCGGAUGCGCAACUCCUGAGCAAAUAAUCGGCUCCAAUCUAACCUUCGGAGUAAGAAUCGAUAUUUCUCUUUCCUUGGAACACAAAUAAUGUGCGUUUGUUAUAUGUUUGUUGUAGAAACUUUUGUUUGGAAAACCGGAACAAGCCAUGCUGAUAUGGAUCUUUCAGUUAAUGGAAGUUUAUUUUAAGGUGAAGUAUGUUUCUGAUUUGCACUGAAGUGCGCGGCAGUAGUGUCAGAAUUGUUUAUUCUUUUCGUUAUCUUUUGCCGUUGUUAAAGCAUACAUUUUCGGAACUAUCAGCAUACCUCGGAAAUUUACGACGCUCUCGAUGAAGGGGAAAUCGAUUUGGGUAUGAUUGCGGAACCGGUGGGAAAUAAUACUAAGAACCGGAUAUUAUUCGCAAAGAUGGAGUAUGUUGCCCUUAGUUCAUUAGAUGCACCAUUUCGUUUCGUUUACCUUUUCUGUAAUUAUUGCAGUCAGCAUCUUUACCUACCGAUAAACCACACACAUCACUCCGAAACAUUUUUUAUUGAUAUAUUUUCUCGCGAUCUACGUUACGCGAUUUUGGGUUUCGUGCUUCUUAUCGUCCUGCUGAAUGUGAUACUGACACGGAAGAAUGCACCGAUCCGACAUCUGUUUUUUGUCUACGAGCUGCUCAGCGGAACGCGUGCAUAUCCGCACCCGAAGGAGUACAUUCCGAACCGUGCGAUGCAACUGGUGGUUGGAAUUGUGCUGCAGAUCAUAAGCUGUGCUCUUGCGACGUUCCUGGUUGCUCAGCUAUCUGUUCCCGUCAUGAUGCUACCAGUAAAAAGCUUAAAAGAUCUCGCACAACAUCCAGAGUACAAGGUGUGCAUACCGAUGCUGCGUAAUGUCGCUAGACACAUUCCCGCCCUAGCGCGGGGUCAUAAUCCUAAGCAAAGGUUUGAUCGCAAGUGCCACGAAUUGGCACGAAUGGGUGAUCCUGAAAAGUUGGCUGACUAUCUUUGCGAUCGCGAGAACGAUGUGGUUAUCCUAUCCAGUGACGCAGUAAUGAACAUGAUUUUUCACGAUGAAAAACUACUCGAAAGGAUGUGCGAUAUUGUACCGAUCGAGCGUAAAAUCUUCGUUACCUGGCUCUCGCUGCCGCACAAGCCACAGUUUAAGCAUGCGGAAUUUCUUAAGCAAUUCAUACAUCAGCUGCGUUCAACUGGAUUGUUGCUGAAACCAUAUCUUCGUCUGACGGGUUCCUGGAGUCGUUACAACAGGCACAAGAAAAACCGCUGGGCUGAUAUCGAGCUGUCAAGUUUGCAGGUGUUGUUUCUAGGAUAUGGCGCAAUCGGAUGCUGCAGUUUAGUAAUGCUAGUGGUAGAGUUAUUGGUUGCUCAAAUUUCAAAAAUUUACAAACGUUUUCGGAAGUAAAAAUAAGACGAGAAGAUUGAUGUUGGCACACAUACACACGACAACUAGUUGCAACAUAAAGCAUUUAGUUUUGUUAAUUGCUAAAAAAUGCCUAACAGUAUGCAAUACGCCUGACAAAUGACACAUAACAUACUGUCAAUUUUGCAAGUAGCUCGUCCAUUAAAUGUUUUUUACAGUGUACGAUUUAAUCAAUUCCUAUUCGAAGGUUGUUUAAAACUCCAAAAAAGUGCUCGUCACUUUAAAUGUGUCUUUGCCAGAUCCAUUAGCAGCAAUCGUACAUCGUUCACAUGCCACCUUAAUUUGUCUGAUAACGAGCAAUUAAUAGCCAACGGGAAGCAUAUAUAUCGACUAGCCCGUAAAUCGUAAUGGACGGUCACGAAAACGAUUGUCAAGUGUUUAAAUCGAUUUACGUUAAUUGCUAUGCCACCAUGUGCUUGCCUUUGCAUUAGUGUUGGCGCUUUGUUGAUAACCUAUUUGCUGGAGCUAAUAUCUAGCAGAGAAAAGUGUAAUAAAAACAGCACACCCACCAAAGCACAAAAAGAGCAAACACCUAACAAUAAUAACACCAUAUCAAAGUUUCCUCUCCAACCAUUUUAUUCUGUUUUACAAAUAUUGAGAAAAAGGGCGAAACAAUCCGUAUAGCGUUCGUUUAGGAACGAUUUUUUUUUCUCUAUAUGUGCAAUCCCGGUGCCAUUACCGGUCUAGGGAAGCAGCUCGGAAGUAUCGUUAGCUACUACGUUUUGGCUUUCGUCCUGACGGAGCACGUCGGCGUUAGCUCCAUUGUUCUUGAGAAGCGAUGGCGAUCCGAUUGUUUGUUUGGCUUUUGAGUUUUGGGUGGUUCGCUUUAGUCCUCGUUUGCCUCUUCCAUCGCUUGGGAAAAAAAAUCAUGAACAACGGUAACGGAUGGAGGACCGUUUCUGUAGUGCUGCCCGUUAUUGUAGCUGGCCACAAUAUUUAUCCUGGCGCGGCACUGGAUGGAAAUGGGAGUGUAAAAACAAGAAGAGAAAAUUUGUUUGAAGCACUUGAACCGUUUAGAUUUUUAGUCGCGCUUUCCACCACGAUUUUGCUUUACUCUUACGGGAUUCAAUUUUAUUUUUUGGUUUGGUGUUUGGAUUUUCCAUUGUUUUUCUUACAGCACAUUGCGAUAGAGGAUGGAGAAAUGAAAAUAUUUAAUCAACAUUUUUAUUUCGAAAUUUGAAUUGUUUACAUGUUUAACUAUGCGUGAGGCAUUUUGUCGUUUUGUGAGUUAAAGAAAUUUAUUUUCAAUGGGAAAUAUUCAUUCACAAACUUGACAAAAACGGAGUUGGAAGUUCGGGAUUCGUUUAUCCUUCAAACGUAUCAAAUGAUUGAUAAAAUAAAUUUAAAAACUAUUAUAUAACGCCUUCGCUUAUGCAUCAUGUUGUUAGCU